AUGAAGGUAGUGGACCACUAUGAGAACCCAAUAAAUGUGGGUUCCUUAGACAAGAACGCCAAUAAUGUGGGGACUGUUGGGGACGUUAUGAAACUCCAGAUCCAAGUGGAUGAAAAGGGAAAGAUAGUGGAUGCUAGUGUAACAACCUUUGGCUGUGGCUCAGCCAUUGCUUCCAGUUCUCUAGUAACAGAGUGGGUAAAGUGCAAAUCUAUUGACGAAGCUCUUAAGAUCAAGAACAUUGAUAUUGCCAAAGAACUCUGCCUUCCACCAGUCAAGCUUCAUUGCUCUAGUCAGUCAAACAAACUGAUACUACAAUAGGGACAUGGUCUAAUACCUACAGUGCCUUGCUUCAGAAGUAUUCAUACCCCUCGACUUAUUCCACAUUUUGUUACAGCCUGAAUUCAAAGUGAGAGAGACUAUUUAAUCCAUUAUCUACACACAGUACCCCAUGAUUAAAGUUUAAACAUGUUUGCAAAUGUAUUAAAUUAGAUAUCUCACAUACAUACUGUAAAAGCAUUCACAACCCUGAGUCAAACAUGUUAGAAUCAGCGAUGGCAGCUGUGAGUCUUUCUAGGUAAAUCUAUAAGAGCUUUGCACACCUGGAUUGUACAAUAUUUGUACAUUUUUAAAGAACUUUCAAGUUGGUUGUUGAUCAUUGCUGGAGAGCCAUUUUCAAGCCAAUUUGAAGUAAAAACGACCUAUGCCACCUUGGUAAGCAACUCCGGUGUACAUUUGGCCUUGUGUUUUUAGGUUGUCCUGUUGAAAGAUGCAUUUGACUCCCAAUGUCUAUUGGAAAGGAAACUGAACCAUGUUUUCCUCUAGGAUUUUGCCUGUGCUUAGCUCUAUUCUUUUUGUCCUUGCUGAUAAGCAUACCCAUAACAUGAUGCAGCCACCGCCAUGCUUGAAAUUAUGAAGUGGUACUCCCUGCUGUUGUAUUCAGCACAUAGUUAAUAUCUUUGCAAACAUGAUGCAUGCUCUGGAAUAUUUUUUUUAUUCUGUACAGGCUUCCUUUUCACGCUGUCAUUUAGGUUAGUGUUGUUUCUCCUAUCAUAGCCUUUUAAGUCUCCAUUGGUCUCAUGGUGAAAUCCCUGAGUGGUUUCUUCCUCUCUGGUAACAGAGUUAGGAAGGACACCUGUAUCUUUGUAGUAACUGGGUGUAUUUUAAUAACUAAACCAUGCUCAAAGUGAUAUUCAAUGUCUGUUUUAUUUUGACCCAUCUACCAGUAGGUUUUUAUUUUCUUUAAGGCAUUGGAAAAACCUCCCUGGUCUUUUGUGGUUGAAUCUGUGUUUGAAAAUCACUGCUCAACUGAGGGACCUUACAAUUCUGUGUGUGGGGUACAGAGAUGAGGUACUCAUUCAAAAAUCACGUUGGACACAGUGAGUCCAUGCAACUUAACAUUUUUACUUUACUUGACUUGAAUACUUGACUCAAGACAUUUCAGCCUUUUAUUUAUUCAUAAAUGUUUAAAAACAAUUCCAAUUAGACCGUAUGGGGUAUUAUGCGUAGGCCAGUGACACAACCUCAAUUUAAUCCAUAUGAAAUUCAGGCUGUAACAAUGUGUAAAGACUUUGUUUCUGAAGCCACUGUAUAUCCCAGAUGUUGGCGCAAGAUUUUAUUUCUCCCUCUGUUAUUCAUCUCCAUUUAGUGCUUGCAGAGGAUGCUAUAGGUGAAUGCACCAAUUUGUAAGUCGCUCUGGAUAAGAGCGUCUGCUAAAUGACUUAAAUGUAAAUGUCUAUAAAGGCAGCCUUGGCAGACUACAGGCUCAAACAGAAGGAAACGAGGUGGUAGCAAAACUCAAUCAGUCCCGGUUCUUUCCAAUCGAUUUGCUCUGACAUCCUAACCACCUGUGUGAUGCAGGCCUCAAAAGGUGAACAUGACAGGUCAACAGUCAUGGCCAAGUUCGGCGAUGUGUAAUUGAUGCUUUCAGUUUAAACCGUAUCAGAGCUGCUGGAGAGUGUGUGCUGUUAAGUUAUGGCAGAUGUUUAAGAAUGGUUUGUUUGCUGUUAUGUAUGACAAUUCUCAAAUGAUAAUCCUAAAUGUUGAAAUGGAAUAAAACUAUUUUGUAUUUACAACUCCCAAGAAAGGCAUUUGAAACUUAAUUAAAGGACUACAUUUUUGAUGUACAUUA